AUGAAAUUUAUCUUUUAUUUGGGUGUCCUUGCUGGGACAGUUUUCUCUACUCACGCAUCUGUGCAGAAAGAUGACCAUGCUCCCUACUUGGUAUACCUCAAGUCGCACUUCAACCCCUGUGUGGGUGUCCUCAUCAAAAACAACUGGGUGCUGGCCCCAGCUCACUGCUACUUACCAAACCUGAAAGUGAUGCUGGGAAAUUUCAGGAUCAGAGUCAGAGAUGGCACAGAGCAGACAAUUAACCCCAUUCAGAUUAUCCGCUACUGGAACUACAGCCAUAGCGCUCCCCAGGAUGACCUCAUGCUCAUUAAGCUGGCUAAGCCUGCCAACUUCAACAACAAAGUCCAGCCACUUUCCCUCGCCACCAGCAAUGUCCGGCCAGGCACUGUCUGUCUGCUCUCAGGUUUGGAUUGGAGCCAAGAUAACAAUGGCAGGCAUCCUGAUUUAAGGCAGAACUUGGAGGCUCCUGUGAUGUCUGAUAAAGAGUGCCAGAAAACUGAACAAGGAAAAAGCCACAGGAACUCCUUAUGUGUGAAAUUUGUGAAAGAGUUCAGCCGAGUUUUUGGGGAGGUGGCCGUCGCUACUGUCAUCUGCAAAAACAAGCUCCAGGGAAUCGAGGUCGGUCACUUCAUGGGAGGGGAUGUCGGAAUCUACACCAAUGUUCACAAAUAUACCUCCUGGAUCGAGAACAUCACUAAGGAUAAAUGACACCCUUCUAUGCUCUCUGUAUCCCACUGGCUCUAGUCAUUGACUAUACAGGCCAC